UACAAUAUUUUUAUUACCGAGUUUGCAAAUAAAAAAACCCCAUCAUAAAUAAAUUACAGUGAUGUGGACAUGUGUAUGUGCAUAUUUACUUGUUUUUCCUAACGUUAAUUAAGUAUGUUAGGAAAAAUUGUCAGAGUGGCUGCCAGCAAGGGAUGAUUGUUAUAGCAGAUGUUUCCUGUUGGGGAAUCAACAGGGAAGAAUAAUGGUGGGGUAAGAAGGAUCCACUGAGAGAUACUAUCUUAAAGAAUUGUUAGUCCUCCCAGCUGUUCUCUAACCAUGUCUUCACACAUAAAUCAGAUAAACUGAGAAUAUAUAGAAAUGACACUGCAACAUAUGUUUCUGGCAGAAUAUGCUUGGCAACGAGGUUUCCUUUGUCUGAAACCCUAUCUAAUCAAAUUGAUACAGAAAUUUAGUUGGCAGAGUGAAGACUGCACAUCCCUUCCAGAUGCAGGACAGACACGUCAGCAAUUAGACAGACAAGAAAGGGUGGUAAUGUAGCUAUUUCUUUCCGUAUAGUGCUGUACUAAUCUCUGAUGAAUAAUCUGAGAUUAAAUAAUUCCAAUCUUGAGUCAUUAAUUCAGACAUGCAACAGCUUUAAGGUCAAAGGUUCCAAUGAAAGAAAGCCUGUGAAGAAAUAAUUUCUUUGGUGCAAUUGGUUGAAAACCAACUAUAGUUGACAAGCCGUGGGUCCCUUGUUUAAUAGGCGUUUUCUGAGUUACAGAAGUAUUUUACCCUACUAGAAUCUCUGUUUUCCAGUUUCUAGAAACCACCAAGAAGAAAGUCCAUCAACUCAGAGACUCAGCAACAGUAAGAAGAACCGCCAGAGUUCAUGGCUGGACUCUGAAAGAAAGAAAGCUAAACGAGAUCAGACUCUAACAACAGAAGCAACAGCUCCAGCCCAUUUCAACUAACUGCUUCUCUUUCCCCCCCAAAAAGGAAUGUUGUUACCAUCCAUAACAAUAUCAAAAAGACUGCUUGUCAGGGUUUCCUCCUCCCCCCUCUUGAAUACUCUCUACAGCUAAAGGAAAAUGGAAUAAGGCAUAUAGUUGAAAUGAAAGCCUUAUGGAGUACUUUACAUUUCAAAUCCCUUAAGCGUCUUGAAAAAGGAACAGUUAAAUCUGGAUUUGGUACAAGUUCAAACAAAAAGGUUGCCAUUCAAUAAAAUUCUGUAAAUUCAUACUCAUGAGAAAAUUGUAAAACGUUUGAGUGAUGCCCCUGAAAUGUAGAAGGAUUAUGUUACAAGCGAAGCUCUUUGCGGGUAAAGACUGUCUUUUUGUUGUGUCCUUUUUCAGUGCCUGAUACAAUGGGGUCUUGCCCCAUGAUUAAAAGUCCUGAGCUCUAAGGUAACAGAAAUAAAUAAUAAUAAUGUUCAUUAAAAAUCAUAAAAAGAGCCAUCUACCUGCAGUAGUGCAAUUGUGAUCUGAUAUUCCGAGGUGCCGUGAUCAGUCAAAUAAAAGGCAGAACUGAGGUAACAUCACCUGAGUUCAGAAAGGGUUCACUAGGAAGAAAAAAGCAGCACAGGAAGGAAGAAGGCUUGGUUUGGGCAGAAGGCUACAAGGAAGAAAUACAAAACGGAGGGAUCUCUUCUAGUCAUCAAUGGGCAGAAUCCAACUGAUAUUGGUGAAAACUGGAAGAUGGAAAUGUGAGGGGACUCAGAGCUCCUUUCAUGUUUCAGUUUGUGUGAUUGGAAGAGAAGGGAUUUCUGAGAUGAUGGAGCCCCUGUCCAAUUCAACGUCUCAGAUCUUCCACCACCCAGGACCACAACUGAGCUGUGACCUCAGAGAGAAGCUGCAGUAUUCACGGCAACUAGAUCUUCCUGUGCCUUAUUUGUUUGUUCCUCAUGAUAAGGGGAAUGAAGGAGACCACGAUAUGGUGGCCUUGCUCCGUAGGUUUGGCUUUAUGAUGCCAGUGACGUUUGAGGAGGUGGCCGUGUACUUCUCUGAAGAUGAAUGGGCUCUUUUGGAUGAAAAGCAGAGGGAACUCUACAGAGAUGUCAUGAAGGAGAAUUACGAGACUCUCCUCUCAUUGGGAUUUCCUAUUGCUAAACCAGAUGUGCUGUCCCAGGUGGAGCGAGGGGAAGAGCCAUGGUUCCCAGAUCUCCAGGGCUCUGAGGAAAGGGAAAUCCCAAGAGGCACUACGACAGGUACCGGGACAGCAAGUGAAAACAAGGAGGAGAGUCCCCAGCAGGAAGGGGCUGUGAGAGUGAAGAUUCACAGGAUGUUUUCAGGGAGACUACAGUGCCCUGACGGGGCAGAUGCCAGUGAGAGUCAUGGCAGGGCAGGACGGCAGAGGGGAGACCCUUCAGGCAGGAGUAAAUCCACUCACAGCAAAAGAGGUUUGAGGAAAUCCAAGGACACCAGCGCCCAACCGGUAACCCUUAUGGGGGAGACACCAAAUACUGUCAAUGAACAGAGGGAAGGUUUCAGUAACAGUUCGCUCCUUAUUCAGCACUGUCAGCAAACUGGUGCAGAAAAAAGUGUCUACAAGUGUUAUAAGUGUGGCAAAGGCUUCUCUCGACAAGAAAACCUUCAGAUACAUCUGAGAAUUCACCCAGAGGAGCGACCUUAUAAAUGUAAUGAAUGCAGAAAAAGCUUCAGACAUAAGACAAGCCUUGUUCUUCAUUGUUACACGGUCCACAAGUCAGAGAGACCCCAUAAGUGUCCAGACUGUGGCCAGCUCUUUAUCCUAAAAGACAGACUUAUUCAGCAUCAGAGAAUCCAUUCAGGAGAGGUGUCUAGAGGGUUUAAUGAUGGGAUGGUGAGUGAGAACAGGGACAAGAAUCCCCAGAAGGAAGGGCUUGUGAGAGCAGAGCAGGACAGGAUGUUGUUGGGGAGACCUCAGAGUCUUGAGUGGGGAGAAGCCUGUGGAAGUGCGGGAGCUGCACGAAGGCAGCAUGGGACCCCGGAAGGGGAGAGAGGCAGCGUAUCUAUUCAACAUAAACAAAUUUUCAAGAAACCGAACUGCCCCAUUGGCCACCAGAGCACUAGUCAGGGAGCACAACCGAGUACAAGUAGUGAUCAGAAAAGUUUCAGUAGAAACUCAGCAGUGCAUCAGAAAGUCCGUCCCAAAGAGAGACGUUACAGCUGUGCUGAGUGUGGGAAAAGCUAUUACCACAACUCGCACCUCCGAUGGCAUCAGAAAAAACACACAGGAGAGAGAUCCCAUGUAUGCGCCGACUGUGGAAAGAGCUUUAACUGCAGAUCGUCACUCAGCAGACAUGAAAGGAUCCACAAAGAGGAGAAAAACUACAGUUGCACUGACUGUGGGAAAAAAUUCAGAGAGUACUUGCACCUUGCUUCCCAUCAGACAAUCCACACAGGAGAGAGAGCCUAUCAGUGUCCUGACUGUCACAAAAGCUUCAGACUGAAAGGGGUCCUUUGUACUCACCGUAAAACCCACACAGGAGCUAAACCUUUUAAAUGCACUGAAUGUGGGCAAGGCUUUGGGCGGAAAGAAACCCUACAUAAACACAUGAGGAUCCACACUGGGGAGCGGCCCUAUAAAUGCACCCAGUGUGAGAAAAGCUUUCGUCAGAAGUUCUCCCUUUCCCAGCAUGAGUUAAUGCACUGCGGAGGGAGGCCUCACAAAUGUACUGAAUGUGGGAAAGGCUUCAAUCACAAAUCAAACCUUGUUCAACACUUGGCAAAACUGCACUUGAAAAAGAAACCCCACACCGCAAAUGUAGCUUCAGAUUAAAUAGAUCUACAAUCGCAAUGGUAGAAAACAGUGGAGUGGUUGGUUGGUUUGUUUGUUUGUUUGUUUUUUAAUUCUGGUGAGACACUUCUAAAAUACAAGGCUUAAGGUGGAUGGGUGGAUAGUAUUGGCUUAUUUUUGAUGAUCGGAGGAGGACAAAGCUGAUGAAGAGAGGAACUGAUCUUUCGGUGGGGUGGGGGGAUGGUUAGUGAGAAUUUCAAGGCAGUGGAGUUGAAUUUUGGAAGUUGCACAGCGGUAUGCCAUCUCUGGAUGCAACGCAUGGAUUGCAUUCCCAUGUGAGCCCUGAAUAUGACUUCCUGACUGGCUGUGCCAGUGGGACGAUUCCAUCCGGCCCCUGAACACACAGGGAGGAUGCCAUUGUGUAGAACAAAAUGGCGUCCUCCGCACAUUGUGAAGACACGGGUAUUUUAACAUGGCACUCUAUAAAUGGAUUAAAACCUGGUGAACUGAGAUGUCACAAAAUGUAACUGUAAACAGGGAAUCCUCAUUGAGCAGGUGUGUUUCUAAUGGGGUCCUGCAGAGAUCAGUUCUUGAUUCUCUGCUUUGUAACAUUUUUAUCAAUGACCUGGAAAAAACCCCAUAAAAUGAUCACUGAUAAAAUUUGCAGAUGACACUCUAAACCAGAGGAUGGUAAAUAAUGAUGAGGACAGGUCUCUGAUUUAACAGUGAACUGGAUCACUUUGCACACUGGGCACAAGAAAACAGUAUGCAUUUUAAUGUGGCUAAAUGUAUACAUCUAGGACAAAAUAUGUAGGCCAUACUUAUAGGAUGGGGGAUUCCAUCCUGGGAAGGUGGGACUCUGAAAAAGAUUUCGGGUUUGUGGUGGAUAAUCAGCUGAAUAUUAACUCCCAGUACGAUGCUGUCUCCAAAAGAACUCAUGCAAUCCUGAGAUGCAUAAACAGGGGAAUCUCAAGUAGGAACAGAGAGGUUAUUUUACCUCUGUAUUUGGCACUGAGGCAACUGUGUUUUUUAAACUUAUCUACUCUGGAAGUUUUACUGGUAUAAUUUUGCAAGUAUGGUUAUAAUGGCAUAACUUCCUGUGAAUAAGUGUGUCAACAUGGGGCGUUACAGAGGUAUAAUGAUACUGGUAUAUUUUAUGCCAGUUAAAUUCCACAUGUAGACAAGCUCUUAGCGAGAGCAGUUUUCAAGGUAACAGGUGAACAGGAGUAAGUCAGCCUUGCCCCACCCCUACAGCAGCUUUCUACUAUGCACUAAUGGGCUAUAGCACUGUUGGCUAAAGAUUCAGCUCACUGUCAAAGGCAUAUGAUUAAUAAUGGGAUGCCGAGUGCAUCAUCACCUGGAUCUUCCAUCCCCAGCAUCAGUCUAUUCCAUGGCUCUUGUAAGGGGUUAGGCACAUCGUGAUUUUUCCUGUGUGGCAGGUACCCUUAACUGUGCCAGUGUAACUAGUAAUGCAAGUCCUACUUCCUCCCUGAGCUGUGCAUUCCAGAGUCCACUGACAGUGUCUGAAAAAAUACCCAUAAUCCUUGGUGCAGGGACCUGCUGCUCAUCCUGCAUGGAAUUGCUGCCCAAAAUGUUUCACAAUUUACUCCUAAAAACACAGUUGGGCAGAGUGCUGGGUAUGAACUGGAAAACAGAAAAUGCCCCGUAUAACUUACAGCUGGUUAAGCCUGAGUGUGAUUUGUUAGCUUAUGAACUAAAGGCCCCUAAGGCUUUGCAGCUAUGCAAAAUGUAUAAAGGAUAUGUGUGACAGAUUGCAAUGCUUGCUGGUGAAAUAAGGAAUGGAGAGGUACUGAGACUGAUCUGUUUGCAGAUGUUUUAACCAUUAAUUGGAAGUACUAGAUGUUUUGCUGAGUAAGGGACAUGGAGUGGUACUAACAGAAAUAGGAAGUAACUAGGCUGUAAACAACUGGGGCAUGAAGGGUUCAUGCAAGGUUCAUGCACUAGGAAACAUUCAGGGCAUACCCUGAGUGUUGUGUAGGAGCAGUGCACACACUGCUCCUUCCAAGGACAUGAACCGUGGGAAGCCUCCCAGGACUGGGCUCAAGGCCCGAGAGCAAGGAAUGUAGUAGACAGAAGCUGGUAAAUAAGAAUAUUAAUUAAAGUCAUAUUAUUCCUUUUGCUGUU